AAAAUUAUUUAUAUCUGAAGUCAUGAAACUUUUUCAGCGGCUUAAAUUAUGUGUUUUAAUUAUAGUGAUUGUGGUGAAUGACAAACAGAUGUUUGGAAGCAUGCAGUUAAAACAUAAACAAAUUGUUUAAGAUGGAAUUUCGUGUAUUGGAACUUUUUAGCGGCAUUGGCGGCAUGCAUUAUGCGUUUAAAUAUGCGCAACUCUCCGGCGAAGUCGUUGCAGCUAUGGAUGUAAACACAGUAGCCAAUGCGGUUUAUGCGCACAAUUAUGGAGCUACAGUUGUAAAGACGAGAAAUAUCCAGAGUUUAACUGUGAAGGAAAUAAAAAAAAUGGAUGCCAACAUUUUGCUGAUGUCGCCACCCUGUCAACCUCACACGCGACAAGGCCUGCAACGUGACGUGGAAGACAAGCGAUCCUGCGCUCUAUCCCAUCUUUGUUCAUUGAUUCCGCAAUGUGAGACGCUUGAAUAUGUGCUAAUGGAGAAUGUGAAAGGAUUUGAGGUAUCUCAAGCUCGUCAACAAUUUAUUGAAGCUCUAGAAAAAGCUGGAUACCAUUGGCGCGAAUUCAUUCUAACGCCCACACAGUUCAAUGUGCCCAAUACUCGAUAUCGAUAUUAUUGCAUAGCACGGAAGAGCAAAGGAUUCGAUUUUGACGGUGAGAAAAUAUGGGAACAUUUGCCAGGUAAAAAAGCUGAUUCAAAUCAGCAGCCAACCUGCAAAAUAUCCACAAUUCUUGAGUCAGACGUUCCUGAUGACACCCUUGUACCGGAUGACGUGCUGACCAAAAGGGUCCUGGUCAUGGACAUCAUUCAUCCAUCACAGAGUAGAUCAAUGUGCUUUACAAAAGGAUACACUCACUACACAGAAGGCACCGGUUCGGCAUUUACACCGCUUUCUGAAGCACAGUCGCACAGUAUAUUCGAAGCAGUUAAAGAAAUUGACAUGGAUCCCAACAGCAAAGAUUGGGAAGUAGCACAGCAACGAAGACUUCAGCUUUUAAGGAAGGUAAAACUUCGUUAUUUUACGCCGAGAGAAGUGGCGCGGCUUAUGAGUUUUCCGGAAGAAUUUGAAUUUCCCGCCGAUACAACGAGUCGGCAAAAGUAUCGACUGCUGGGUAACAGCAUAAAUGUUUGCGUUGUGGGUGAAUUACUUAAAUUGCUGACUACAUAACAAAUUCAAAAUUGUAUAUAAAUUGACUUAAUAAAGAAAAAGCUUUCAGAACUUACUACUGAAAAGAAAGCAAUGGAUAAACUACAUCGAUUACAAGAUUAAAUUCUAGGCAUUGAGUAGCCCUAGUCGAAAACUAUCGCUCAUAUCGAACCUAUCGAUUCCGCUUAUGCAUAAUAACCAAUUAAUCACAAUACCCCAGACUAGGGAAAAUAAAACAAUAAUUUUAAUUAGUACAGCUAAAUUAAGCAGAAUCACUCAAAA